AUGGUGUCUCCAACGACCGAGAGUCGACAUGCGAAAGUAACAACAGGGGACGAUCCUGAUGAUCUACGACACUGGGCGUCGUGUCACCCAUCCACCCAGCAGAUCGAGGUGAUAAUACCGUCCUCCGACCCCGAUGAGAUCGACAAGGCCGGGUUGGGUGCUUUUGCUGGAUUUACCUCCGAGUGGUGGAGCGGAAAAGCGAGGUUAUCGCAGAUUGUCGAGGUCGCCGAGGAGUGUGCUAAUCGUGGACAAGAAAAGACUUUCUGUGCUCUGAAUUCAGGACCUCACGAUGACGACGUAUGGUGUAUCGAUCCCCGAGGCAUCCUCACGUUCUGUUUGUGCAAGGAGACAUACGAAACCCUUGGCUUGGUGGGAAAGAAACUCCCAUUCAAAGGGUGUUCAGAACGAUAUGUCAUAGCUCUUCCGUUGCGGAAGGACGUCGUCACGGUGAAGAGUAGAGCAAAGUGUCAGGCCGCAGUCAAAACAUGGGACGCCAGCCGGGGCGAUAAUUUGUUCGACGUGCACGUUUAUGCUGAAGAUACGACUAUGUUAGAGCGAUUGCCGGGUUUGAAGAAAAACACAUCGCUACCGCAACUCACAAAGACAGAUAACAUCCACGUUCCAGCCAUGCAACUCACCCACCGACCUCUCAAUCCUCAGGCUAAGAACUAUACCGAAGAAUAUGAGGAAGAGCUCGAAGAUUGGUCCGCAGAAACAUCAGAUUUGUUCGAGUGGGUGGGGCUAGCAUGCCUCGGCUCUCAGCGCUUGCAGGCUAACGACCGUGCUGACCCAUAUAUCGCGGUAUAUGAGCCGCCGUCCCCGUCACAUACUGGCAAUGUGACGCAUCUACGCUGGCGGGGUCUCCUUCCCCCGCAAUUCGUACAACAGAUCAUAGAUGCAAUCCUGAAUUGGUCAAAAUCAUCGCCUCCUACGACCUCAUUACCUUUUGUAUCAAUAACAGCCCACUCAUUCCUAACGAGCCCUACCACAUAUGUGCCCCCAACCUCCAGUUCCGACGCGACUAAACGACCUCCGUUCCGCUUGCCAAGAGCUGAUGGUGAAGAUACGUACUGUAUCAUAGUGAAGCCAGUGGGCGGGAAGGGCCAGUCAGAUGGGAAAACUAGAGGGGAGGGGACAGGCGCCGUCGAUGGCUCUGAGAGUCUAUCAGCGCAAGAUCAGUCUCUAUGUUCAUGGACGAUGAUCGAAAGCAUUGGUCACUGGGACGCCCGCUGGGGAUAG